GGAAUGGCGAAAUGGCUGUACACAAUCUUGCAUAUAUAGCCCCAAGUCGGUUUCUGCCCCGUCACGGCGCACCACACACACAAUUAACCUUUGGCCCGAAGUUAGAGUGAGAAAGAGGCACACGACACUACACGGCACACGAAAUUAACCGGAGCGCGACCCCUCCACGCCCGGCGCAACCUAAGCCACCCAGGCAACCACCGGCCGGCCACAACCAUGGAGCAAGCCCUCCGUGGCCAUAAGCCGGUCGAGGCGGCCGGGCGCAGGCCGUCCCCGCCGGCGCGGUUCACGGCGCUGGAGCUCGCGGCGGCCGAGCUGCUCGUCCACCUCAGCGAGAGCAGCUGCUCCACCGGCGCGGCCUUCACCCCGCAUGGAUCGGGGACGGCAGCGUCGGUGUGCUACUCCUCGUCCUCCUCCCCGCGGUCCGUCAACGCGCCGCCCGCCGCACCCGCGUUAGACGACCUCGUCGUUCACGCGAUGAAAGAGGACCACGACGACGAUGACGAGCAGGAGCUGGGCGGGAGGCCGCGGAGGAAGAGGAGGUGCCGAUCGGUCGCGGAUAUCUACGACGCCACCCAGCCGUGUGGGGCGCGCCGGAGGAAGGCUAAGGUCGGCGCCGACGCCGGCGGCACGAUGUAGAAGAGGAGGAAGUAGAAGGAUCAAGGGGGCUUGAUAGUUCGCACGGAGUAGCCUAAGACAAGGGAGCUUGCCUGUAAUUAGGGUAGUUAGGAGCGAGUAGCUUAAGAGAUUAGUAGAUCAAAAUAAUGUUCCAGUCCGAAUCUUCUCUUCACAAAGAGGAGUUACUGGGCUAGCCGCUUUGGAGCUUAAUCAAAUGUAAAUUAUUCCGCUACUCCGUACUAUCUCCGAUAAUCACCAUUAACAGUCUGUAUAUGCAAGACGGAUCAGAGCAUUUGAUAACUACCAUGAA